UUACCCAUGGAUGUAUAGUCUCCACAAUCAAACUGUUUCUUCCAGAUGGAAUGGAAGCUCGAUUGCGAUCAGAUGUUAUCCAUGCUCCAUUACCAAGUCCUGUUGACAAGGUUGCUGCUAACACUCCCAGUAUGUAUUCUCAGGAAUUGUUUCAGCUUUCACAGUAUCUACAGGAAGCCUUACAUCGGGAACAAAUGUUGGAACAGAAGCUGGCAACCCUUCAGCGGCUACUUGCUGUCACUCAAGAGGCUUCAGAUACUAGUUGGCAGGCUUUAAUAGAUGAAGACAGGCUGCUAUCAAGAUUAGAGGUCAUGGGAAAUCAGUUACAGGCAUGUUCAAAGAAUCAAACAGAAGACAGUAUACGAAAAGAGCUUAUAGCAUUACAAGAAGACAAACACAACUAUGAGACGACAGCCAAAGAGUCCCUGAGGCGGGUCCUUCAGGAGAAAAUCGAAGUGGUCAGAAAACUGUCUGAAGUGGAGCGGAGUUUAAGUAAUACAGAAGAUGAAUGUACUCACCUGAAAGAAAUGAAUGAGCGGACUCAGGAAGAAUUAAGAGAAUUAGCUAAUAAGUACAACGGAGCUGUAAAUGAAAUUAAAGAUCUUUCUGACAAGCUAAAGGUAGCAGAAGGAAGACAAGAAGAAAUCCAACAGAAAGGACUGGCUGAGAAAAAGGAAUUGCAGCGUAAAAUAGAUGAAAUGGAAGAGAGAGAGCAAGAGCUUCAAGCAAAAAUAGAAGCUUUACAGGCUGAUAAUGACUUCACCAAUGAGCGGCUAACUGCUUUACAAGAGCACUUUCUUUCAAAGAGUGGAGGGGACUGCACUUUUAUUCAUCAGUUCAUAGAAUGUCAGAACAAGAUCAUAGAUGAAGGACAUCUAACCAAAGUGGAAGAAACAAAGCUUUUGAAAGAGAAUCCAGCAAGAGUCAAAGAAUCUGAUUUGUCAGACACUCUUAGUCCAAGCAAGGAAAAAAGCAGUGACGACACUACAGAUGCCCAAAUGGAUGACCAAGAUCUAAAUGAACCUAUUGCUAAAGUAGCUCUUCUAAAAGAUGAAUUGCAGGGUGCACAAUCAGAGACUGAGGCUAAGCAAGAAAUUCAGCAACUGCACAAGGAGCUGAUUGAAGCCCAAGAGCUAGCUAGGACAAGUAAUCAAAAAUGCUUUGAACUUCAAGCGCUAUUGGAAGAAGAGAGAAAAGCGUAUCGAGUGCAAGUUGAAGAAUCUAACAAGCAAAUAAGUGUUCUGCAAGCUCAGUUGCGAAGGUUACAGGAAGAUAUUGAGAAUCUUCGUGAGGAAAAGGAGAACGAAAUUUCAAGCACUCGAAAUGAACUAGUCAGUGCUCAAAAUGAGAUAUUGUCACUUCAACAAGUGGCAGAAAAGGUAGCAUCAGAACGAGAUACAGAUAUUUCUGCAUUGCAAGAUGAGCUGCAAACAGUGCAAGCGGAACUUGAUCGGUGGCGGAAAGAUGCCUCAGAUUAUGAAAAAGAAAUUGUCAGUCUGCAAGCCAGCUUUCAGCUCAAAUGCCAGCAGUGUGAGGAUCAGCAGAAGGAAGAGGUUACUCGCUUAAAAGGUGAACUUGAAAAGUUGAAGGCAGAAUGGAGUGCUCUGGAAGCUGAAUGUGUUACACUAAGGAAGGAAAAUACGUUGCUUACAUCUGAACUUCAGCGACAAGAGAAGGAGCUUUCUAG